AUGAAUACAAUUAACACAUCCACAGGUUAUUCCCCCUUUCAACUACGCUUUGGGCGUAGUCCCCGAGUCAUUCCGCCCCUACAGACUCAAAUAUCCUCGUCUUCCGUCGAUCUUAAGGCCGCAGAACUCCUCGCAAAUAUCGAAGCUUGCGUUGCCGACGCUCGCGACGAACUCCUCGCGUCCAAAGUCGACCAGGCCUUCCACGCCAACAAAUCUCGGGGCAAGGAGACUCGUUUCAAGAUCGGCGAUCUGGUUAUGCUCUCCACGAGAAACAGGCGGCGUGAAUACAAGUCCAAGGGAGAAAAGCGUGUCGCUAAG